CGACGCUAUCGGUGGGGCGGAGUGAUUGGCGCUACCUGUUAACAAAGGUGAAGAAAGUGAAAAGAGGUAGUGGGCAUCUGGAGAAAAGGGGGUCUUUUGUUUUGAGAGGAGUGCGAGUAUCCUCGUCCAGCCUUCAGUCCCCCUACAGGUUCCUCCUGACUGCACACGGUGUGGGCGGCCACUUUCCCUCGGAAGUCUUCACCCUUCACUCAACGCUAUUUCCCCUCUCAUAAUUUAAUGACAUGAGAUGGCGGGAAUGGAGGAAUCCGGCGACGGCGAUGGUAUGAACAGCGUCCAUUGUCCUGACGGCCCCCGGGUCAAAUCGCCGGCGGGGAGCGGUGCUAAGAUGCAAUCCGACGUGAAAGAGACGAUCGGGAUGCUGAAGAAGACGUUCCGCGAGAGCAUCAGGCGGGUCGGAGAGAAGAGCCCCCUGUCGUCUAACAGCAAAAGGUCAAAGGUCAGCCCCAAAUGUGACAUGGGGUCCCACAGCGAUGACCCAGGGCCGACACGGCUUCAAGCACCUCCAUCACCCAGUCUGAGCGCCGGCUCCCCGCGGACUACUUCCAUGAAGAGUAUCAGCGGAUUCUUCCAGAAGAAAGAGGAGAACGGGGCGGAGGGCUCCGCGCUGCCUGUGAAGAAACCUCUGUCGCAUUCGAGGACAUUAUCAGAGCCCUCUAUGGCCUUGAGUGACUCCUUCAUGAAGAGGGGCGCAUCCAUCCGACGCAGCCUGAGGCUCAUCAGCAAGAAAGACAAGCCAGCCAACCAGGAGGUGCUCCUCACAGUCUCCGAAGUCAUAGCGGAGGACAAAAAAGUGGAAGACGCAAAGAUGGAGGAGAUUGACGAAUCCUAUGUGCUCCCAGAGAUACCCCUUACACCGCUGUCAGUGAUGCAGAUCAGCAAACUGAUUGAGAUGGAGGUGCUGGAGGAGGCCCACCUGAAUCUCCUCUCUCUGCGGCAGGAGUUCCAGCAGGAGCGGGAGCGGUACAAGGAGGAGGUGUCGUCCAUGGAGCUGGCCAAAAAGGAGAAGGACCUGAGCCUCCUCUACGCAGAUCUGAGGAACAAGGUGAAGACCAUUGUGCGCGACUCCAACUCCCUUCCCUCUAGAAACAAGGGGCUCCUGGUGCACGUGGCCCGCAUCAUCCAGGAGGAGGAGAAGAGGGAGUUAGAUCCUGGUGGCUUGGCUGGGCCGGGCAGCUGGAGGGAGGCGUGGAGGGAGGCUGUCGGUGAGGGGGUGCAGGCCAAGCUGCAGAACGUCCACCUGGACACGAGGGAGCGGAACCCCUCCUGGCUUGCGGUCCACCUGGGCCUCCUCGGCAAGGCCAUCGUGGAGGACCUCGAGAAUGUAAAGAAGGAGUUCAGGUGGUCCUACCCGCCCAGCUUCCAUGUCUUCGGCACCUAUGUGAGAUGUUACCACAGUGCCGUCGGGCAGCACCUGAAGCUCCUGCAGCAGCAGGUGACAGAGCUGAGGGAUUUUUACGCUCUGCUGGACUUCAUCAUCAACCGCUACCAGAGCGAGAGGAUCAUGGGUAGUCCGUCCUUACGACCAGAAAUGGAGUCUGAGAGCCCCGCCCCCGACCUGGAGCCUGGAUUCCUGGACCAGCUCAAAAAGAAGUACUGCAGCCGAGUUCAGGAGGAGUUGAGAUUCUCAUUGGAGAAAAUCAUAGAAAUUGAAAAUGAGGAGUUAUGGAAAGACAGACAGACACCGGAGAAAGAAGAGGACUUCCUCAACUCUCCAAUUCACAUGGACAUCUGGACGAAAGUUCAUGGAAACGUUGUGAACUCCAGAAGGAUUGAUACCCAGUUGGAAAGUGAUGUUUUCUGUUCGUGCCUCGAAGAGUUGAAAAAGUUCCCAAAGAGAUUUGAGAUGGCGCUGAAACGUAGCUGCAACUGUGCAGAAGUCCCCCACCGACUCUGGGCCGAAUACCAGAUCACCUACAUCAACAGCUUCACGGCUUUAAAGCAGCAUAUGGAGGAAUACAGACACGUCUGUCCAGCCCAGGUGGACAAUUUCAGCAAAGAGGUGAACUGGCUGGUGGUCAGACUGGGCCAGGGUCUGGAGGACCAGUAUAAGAUAGAUGUCAAGCCCUUCCUGAGAAGGAUGAUGACCAGGAAGUGGCUCACCAAUGAUGAUGAUUUCCAGCAGCUCUACAGUCGGACAGAGCAGCUCUCCCAGCACUGUGCUCUCAUGAGGCCUCCUUACCGACAGACUCUGGUGGACAGACUGCACUACCACACGGUGAAGGAAUAUAUUUCCCAGCUGAUGACAAACAACUAUUCGUGCAAGAACCGCAAACACGAGAAAGCAGCCAGAAAGAUUCGAAAACAGUGGGCUGAACUCAAGGAGCUAUUUAAGGACAUGGAGUCCACCCAUGAAUGGCUCUACCAUGUGGGCGAUCACCUGAGUGACAUCAUCGGACAGAAAAACAACACUGACAUAAAAAACCACCUGCAGCCUUUGGUGGAGAACUACCCAGAUAUCACUAAGAAGCAUCUGGCUGCCGUGCUGUACUUCAGAGGCCUGGUCAGGGGCCGUGAGCGUCAGCUCAUCCUCCAGCAUCUGACAGAGCUGAAAAGGAAGCUGGGGGACAGCGGAGAUAAGCGUAGAGCUUUGUUUAGCGACAUGCAAGUCAUCGUCAACACUGACUGCUUGUCCGAUGUACCCUUCUCCUGCCUCGCUUUCCUGCGGCCAGAUAAUUAAUCUGAUGUGCUUCCUGUAUGAUUGCUGGUACAGUUAGUGAAUCCAGUGCCCUGACCCAUCUGGAAAAAUCCUGAUAGAGGGGAAUGGCUGAGUGAUGUUCUUUCCUCUCCCAUCAACUACAGUAAAUUCCCCUUAAGCAAGGAAGUGAACGCAGCUCCCUGGUGUGACUGUUUGAAUGUAUGUAUCUGUACUACUGACUGGCUUUUAUGGAUUUUAGUGCAGUCUUUGCCACAGUGGAUCCACAUGUCUGUUGAUUGCCUGAAUUUCUGGGGUGGCAUCAAAGAUGCUGCAGCGAAUUGGCUCAGCUCAUAUCUUUCUCGUUGAUCCUCCGCUACUCACACUGGAAAGUCACUGCCAUUCCCCAUGGCCUUCUUAAAGGUUGAAUUUCAGGUCUCUCCUUUUGAGUUGAAAUGUUCCGUCUUCGCCACACUUUCCACAGAGACAUUUCCCUCCACUGCUAUGUUGAUGAUACACAGCCUAUACCACUGACAUCCAAACAUUCAGAUAGCCCUGCCACUCCGGUACAAUGACUUGCUGAUGUAACAUGUUGGCUGCCUCUCUGAUUGUUUCACAGCCUGAUAAAGACUUUCAGAUAUGCUGGUAUUAUGAACUCAUAAUACAUUGGUUUGUAAUAAAUCUAACCUGGCACUGAUUGCAGCCUCAGUUGAAUGUUCUAGAACUGAAUUUUUGCUGACCAAGUUUAAAGCAUUGUUAGAUUUUGGUCUGUUAGGCCAUAUCUCUGACCUUUGAAUAUAGUCUUGGAUCCCUGGACAUUCUGACUCUUAUCACCAUGGUGUUUUUUCCUCUAAAAGAUGCCCACUGCAUCUGUGUGAGCAAGUUCCUUCCCUAGGGUCUGGGAGCUGCCCUAAAUCAUAUCCCCUCCCUUUUUUUGGCUAUAUAUUCAGAUGUGGAUCUUCAUUGGAUUGAAGCAAAACAUCUCCUGUGAAGCUAUGAAAUCAGAGUCUAACCCUGUCAAUUCCAGGACUAAGGGUUAAAGUCUUUGAUUCAGGCCCCAGUUGUACCAGCAUUCUUGAUGGGGAAAUUUUGAACUGAAAUCAAUUCAAGUCAGUUCAAUUCAAUUCAAUUUAAUUCAACUGAAUGGACCAAUAUCAAAACGGCGUUGACUGUUUUGGCCUGCUAUGGUACAGUCGCAAGGAGAGAGUCCAAAAUAGAUGAAUACAAUGAUUUAGCUUUGUGUCUGACCUUGGUAUGCUAAUUAGCAGAGGUGAAGACUUGAGUCACAUGACUUGGACUUGAAUCAGGCUCAAGUCACAAAUUUAAUGAUUUGACAAAAUUGAAAAUGACUUGCACCUCAAGUUUAAUACCAAUGACUCAUGACUUCACUUGGACUUGAGCCUUUUGACUUGAAUGACUUGAUACCUUCUCCGAGCCCAAAGAUAGAAUGCUUUUAAAAAAUGUGCAGCCAGUCAGAUCUUCACGUUCAUAAUUACAGAUCCACUUUGAAUCACCCAGUAAUAAAUACAAUUUUUCAAAAAAAUUCUUGAUUAGUGUAAAAUUUGCAUAUUAAUGUUGUCAAAAAUUUGAAGUGACAUUAAAUUUGAUGAAGCGCACAUAAUGACUAGUUUAGAACUUGAAGUUAAAAUUUUAGGACUUGGGACUUGUCUUGGUACUUGCCUUUUUUGACUUGGGAUUUGAAUGAAAACUCGAGUGCCACGAUUUGAGACUUAUUUGUGACUUGGAAAACAAUGACUUGGUCCCACCCCUCUAAAUAGUUGAUAAGCACAAUGUGCAUACCCAGUGUUACUUCUUUUUAAUGUGCCUAGAGUUCCUUGCCAUAAAGCAUAUAGAAAAUGAACAGUAUAUCUAUUUUUUUUUUGAGAAAUGUCCUUUCUAACUGAAGAGUGACCAAUCCAUUAAUAA